AUGAAAACUGCUGCCAUCACCAGCCUGGCCGUCGCGGCCCUGGCAGCGCCAGCCCUCGCCUACGACAUCCCUGACAAUGUGCAAGCCUUCUACGACAAGGUCAAGAAAGGUGGCUCUUGCAGCGGCUCAGACCUCCUCCAAGGCGGCUUCUACGCUGAAGAAGACGGCUCUCAAGACUAUGGCUACUGCCAAAAAUACUUCACCGACAAGGGCUUCUACAUCAAGGGGUCUGGCAAAGAACUGGCCGACAUGGACGUCGACUGUGACGGCGACCAGGAUGGUCUCGACUCGCGCUGCGGUUCGUCUGGCGACACCCAGGCCGAGACUGCUUUCAAAGACCAAGUCCACGACGACUAUGGUAUUUCAGAUCUGCGCGCCGAUAUCCACCCUUAUGUCGUGCUGGGCAACUAUGGUGACUACAGCCCAACCUUUGACCCCGAGGAUGUGGGUAUCAAGCCGCUGAGUCUUGUUGCCGUCGUGUGCAACAACAAGCUCAUCUAUGGUAUUUGGGGAGACACCAACGGUGACGAUGGCCCCCCUCUGGUCGGCGAGUCUUCGCUUGCUGUCGGCACUGCUUGCUUCGGGGAUAGCAUCAAUGGCGACAACGGUCACGAAGACACGGAUGUUUUGUACAUUGCUUUCAAGGGCGACGAUGCCGUUCCGGGAACUUCGGCUGACUGGUCUGCCGACUCGUAUGAGGAUUUUGCUGCCAGUAUCAAGGACUUUGGCGACAACCUCGUUUCGUCUCUGUAA